AUGGCUCUUGGAUUUAUACCGAAUCAGCUUCGCAUUUACAGAAAAAAUAGGGUUCGGAAAAGGAUUUCGAAUUUGCAGAGAAAAAUUUGGGACUAUCGAUUUUCAGUUGAAGGAACAGUUGGAUUUGCUGACAUGUAUAUGUUGCCUGAGCCACGUCGUCAACAUCAGAGCCAUGUUGGAUUAAAUGGUCAGACAGGUUGGCAUUGGUCGGCCGGUAAUGUGGUCAAUGCUUGGUCUUGCAAAAUACCAAAAGGUUGGGUAUCGAAUUGCCAAAGUCGCAAAGUGGUGACAGAAACGCAAAAGUCGAAAAGGUCGUGA